UUUAUUUUAUUUUUUUCCUUUUCCUGUUCUAGAAAUUCAAUACUUCCGACACUGGUUGAAACACCCGGUAGAUUUUUAUUUUCUGUGGUGUCUACUUUGUGAAAGGGUUUUCUCCUCUUUUAUUCACUUGGCAUUGCCUAUGCGUCAGUCUUUUCUUUCUUAUCUCUGGCAGGGCUGGAGGAGGCAGAGGGAGGCAGAGAGAAAAAAAAAAUAGAGAGGAGCUGGUAUUACAGAGCUGCCAUCUGAUUGGCUGGAGGGUCGUGGCUGGGGCUAUAAAAGAGACCCCUGCAGGCUUGGGAGGGAGAAGCGCAGAGGAUACUGACAACUUCACGGAGGGAGAAAAGGCAAAGUGCGCUCAAAGCAGAAGCCACAGCUCCUCCUGCUGCGUCUUUUUUUCUUGGCGUGCAAACCUAACGGGAAGCAAGAUGUGCAAAGGACUCGCAGGUCUUCCAGCUUCUUGCUUGAGGAGUGCAAAAGAUAUGAAGCAUCGGCUAGGUUUCCUGCUGCAGAAGUCGGACUCCUGUGAACACAGUUCUUCCCACAGCAAGAAGGACAAAGUUGUCAUUUGCCAGAGGGUGAGCCAAGAGGAAGUCAAGAAAUGGGCUGAAUCCUUGGAAAACCUGAUUAACCAUGAAUGUGGGCUGGCAGCUUUCAAAGCUUUCUUGAAGUCCGAAUACAGUGAGGAAAACAUUGAUUUCUGGAUCAGCUGUGAAGAGUACAAGAAAAUCAAAUCACCCUCCAAACUAAGUCCCAAGGCCAAAAAGAUCUAUAACGAAUUCAUCUCAGUCCAGGCAACAAAAGAGGUGAACUUGGAUGCUUGCACCAGGGAAGAGACAAGUCGGAACAUGCUGGAACCUACAAUAACCUGCUUCGAUGAGGCUCAGAAGAAGAUUUUUAACCUAAUGGAGAAGGAUUCAUACCGCCGCUUUCUCAAGUCCCAAUUCUAUCUUGAUUUGGCCAACCCUUCCAACUGUGGGUCAGAAAAGCAGAAAGGAGCCAAGAGUCCUGUAGACUGUGCUUCCCUGGUCCCUCAGUGUGCCUAAUUCCCACUGGGAGGUGGAGGGCUGAAACCCCAAGACUCUAUGCUCUGGAAACUCGAGGCCAAAUAUCAAUCUGUAUUAAGCUCCAAUGCUUUAACCACGUUGUAGCCUAGUAUCCAUGCUGCCUGGCAUGUGCGAGCCACUCCCAUAUAUAAACUAGAUUUCAUUUUGGUGUUUUGGUGUUCAUCAGGGUGGGACCACAUUCCAGCCCAAUUUCCCCAAAUUUCUUUUAGGGUGCCAUUUGAGCAAGUAUCCCAAUAUUGGCCUUGUAGGUCUGCCUUUCAAAGAUUGUCAGCAGAUCUUUCCUGCCAACAGUUUGACCUCAGGGUGGCUGGUUGGUACACUUCAUGUGACAUCCACAUGUGUACAUGUAUUUGUUAGCUAGCACUUUCUCCAAGCUUUAGAUGAGGUUGAUCUAUUACAUGGAAAUGUGUGUGUCUAUUUCUGCAAGGAAAGAUGGGAGAGACACUAGGUGCUCACAAUGAGAGUGUAUGCAUGUGUUUACAUGCAAAUUGAACUAACCAUCAGGCAGGCUAAGAAAGGAAUGCUAACUUGUGGAAAGAUGAUUCUGUAAAACUCCAUGUGUCUUGCUCAAGAGGCAUUCAAGGGACUUCGUGCUUAAUUUGACGACUGACAGCUUCCAAGUUGAGCAGUAUUCUAAGGAGCAAAUAUCAUAAAGAAUCAUAUACCUGAGUAACACAGUGUUGCUUCAGCCUGUUGUUAUCACUAAUGGCACUUUUGAGUCCAAAAGCUGCUGGCCUUCCCUUCUUUGCCUGGGUGCUUGGUGCAUGACUUCUAGCAGCCGGGGUUGGCAUGGAGUUGGGAGAUGGGAUACUUGAUCUAAACAAAGACAUGCAGUUAGGGCCUUGCCAGCUCUACCUACCACAAGAUACUGGCUGGGCAAGGGCAUGGGAAUUUGAAGGUUACUGUUCUUAUCCUCUAUUCUUUCUUCCCCUCUUACUCAAGGUGCUCUCCUCACUUUGCUUUUUCCUGAGAACUUUAGCCAUCAGAUGAGGCCCCUUAGUUCACUGUUGUGUGUUUUCUUUUUUUCAUAAUGGCUCUAGGCUAUAUGUCUACCAUUACAAACCAGCAGCUGGGGAAAGAAUAUAUUUUAUAAAUGGGAAACAUGUUUUCACAAAGAGAAAAGCCCUCAUGUUUUCUCUUUUGAGGUAGAAUCUCUCAUCCCAAACUUCAGGGCUAACAGAGACCGAAGGCAUUUCUUCCUAGACCUUGAGAUUAAAUGAGAAGGCGGGGCGGGGCGGGGGGGCAGAUAUCCAUUGUAUCCAUUGUUAGAACUACUGCUUGGAACUUUUCAAGGCACAUGAAAUACUUGAAAAUUUCUCAUUUGUGUUAUUUAUGAUGUUGUUUUGUACAAUGUUUUUAUUAUUGUAUUGUUUUAUAAAUGGAGGUGCAGGAUAUCACCUGAAUUUUUAAUGAAUGGCCAGAAAGUAAUUUUCUUCUCAUUCUUCUAAAACUACUGCCUUUGGAAGUGCAUACACACACAUAUAUCUCCAGUAUAAGUUACGUGCAUGAGCGCCUUGGCGGCUUUUAAGUUAAUACGCUGGAGUACAAAAUGAAGACAGCAGAGUGUGUGUGUACAAGUUGAAUCAUAUUAAAGAUAUAGGUUUUCUCAAUUGUACCUUUCUUGACUCUCUGGCAGUCUUGUUCUCAAUGUCCACAGAGUUCCUCACUAGAGCUCCUUUCUGUUAUACAUAGUCCCACGAUUCCGUCUCUAGUUGACUGUAGGAUAUAAACAUGUAACACUCUUGGUCUUGCCCUCUUAAAACUGUCAUGACUUUCAGAUUGUACCUAUACUCAUAGACUGCUGUUUCACAUGGGGGUCUGGGAGGUCAUUCUGAAUGAGAAGUAAAUUAUUUUAAGUAAUACAUUUUUCAAGUGUGUUUUUCAAUUGGAUUUUGUAAGUUCAUUAUCCUUUGGCUUGGUGACUUAGCUGCUCAUGGUCCACGGACAGAGAAUUCCUUCCCUAUGAAUGCUGGUUUCUAUCAUGUGCUUUAUAGGCCUUUAAGCUGAUGCUGCCAUUGAAACACAUGCAUCUUAAUAAUAAGGGUUAAUAAAUACUUCAUACAAAAGUAUUUGCUUGUAAACACAUUAAUGAUCCACGGAGACCUGUUAUGAGAAGGAAAGCAGGGUGUAGGGUGUCUUUAGAAAACGGCUCAUACACAGUCUUUUAACUCUCUCAUACCAACUCUGGCAAAGAAGCAUGAAAUCAAUACCGUAUAUCCUUUCGUUUCUGCCUCUCCUCUGUCUACCUCU